AUGUGUGUUUUGGACAAGGGACCACAAUAUCGGGUCAGAUAUGAUCCGCUUAAUAAUAUGGUUGGUGCUGCUGAGAAUUUGAGGUUUUACUGGAAACUCACAUCAGUCUGUAUAAAGUUCAUUUCAUUGAGCUUUAGAGGAGAAGAUACUCGCAAGACUUUUGUGGAUCAUCUCUACACAGCUCUUGAACAACAAGGGAUCUACACCUACAAGGACGACGAAACACUUCCUCGGGAUUCUUCAUGGUGCUUAGAUGAACUUGCACAUAUCAUGAAAUGCAAGGAUACCGGAAACCAAAUUGUUUUUCCCAUAUUUUAUAAUGUGGAUCCAUCCGAUGUGCGAAAACAGAAGCGAAAAUAUGGAGAAACAUUUUGCAAAUAUGAGUUGGAGAACAAGAGCAAUGUUGAAUCUUGGAGAAAAGCACUCGUGGAUGCAAGUAACAUUUCUGGAUGGGAACCCAAACACAUUGCCAAUGGGCAUGAAUCAAAGGUUAUCAAAGAAAUUGUUGACACAAUUUCACAGAGGCUGCAGCUAGUAACUUCAAGUGCAAACGAGAACCUAAUUGGAAUAGCGGCCCGCAUGCAAGGUUUGGAAUCAGAGUUACAAAUUGGGUCAGGUGGUGUGCGGAUGAUUGGAAUAUGGGGGGUUGGGGGUGGUGGUAAGACUACUCUUGUGUCUGCUAUGUAUGAUGAAUUCUCUAGCAAGUUUGAUGGUUGCUGCUUUGUAAAAAAUAUCCGGGAGGAAUCAAGGAAAAAUGGUUUGGAAAAAUUGCAAGAAAAAAUCCUUUCUGGUGUUUUGAAACAAAAGAAAGUGAAGGGAAUAGGGAGAGUUGAGGAAGGAAGACAUAUGAUGCUGAAUAAGUUAUGCCGUAAAAAGGUCUUGAUUGUCCUAGAUGAUGUUGAUCACCUUGACCAACUGAAAGCGUUAGCUGGAUCACAUGAUUGGUAUGGUGAAGGAAGCCGAAUAAUAAUCACAACCAGAGAUGAGCAUGUAUUAAAUGCAAACAGAAUUGAUGUUAAGCACAACAUUAUCCUGUUAAACAAUGAUGAAGCUAUUAAGCUCUUUCGCAAGAAUGCAUGCCAGGAUUACAGAUGGACUAAAGAUUACGAACAACUUUCCAAAGAGGUGGUCUCUUAUGCUGGUGGGCUUCCAUUAGCACUUACAGUAAUCGGUUCUUUCUUGUGUGACAAAAACAUUCAUGAGUGGAGGAGCGCAUUAGCCAGACUGAAAGAGAUCCCAGAUGAUAAUAUUUUGGAAACCCUAAAAGUCAGCUUUGAUGGACUUAAACCGCUUGAGCAAGACUUGUUUCUUGAUAUAGCAUGUUUUUUUAGGUGGGACAAGAAAAAUACCACAAUGGAGAUUCUUGAUGCUUGUGGUUUUCAUCCUGUUAUAGGAAUAAAGGUGUUGAUACAAAAGGCUCUCAUAACUAUUUCAAAAGAUGGAGCGUUUGAUAUGCAUGAUCUUGUGCAAGAAAUGGGACACCACAUUGUUAGAGGGGUACACCCCAAGAAUCCUGAAAAACAUAGUAGAGUUUGGAAAGUGGAAGAUGUUCUAAAAAUUUGUUCUAUGGAUGCAAUGAUGGAAAUUGACAAGAUUGAAGCAAUAAAAAUGGAUUUCUGGAUUCAACCAGCAAAAGAACAAGAACAAAAUCUUCAUUUGGUUGCUGCAAACAUGAAGAAUCUUCGAUAUAUGGAAUCGAUAGGUGAUCCUGCAAAAUCAUUGUUUAAUGACCUUCCACUAAGGGAGCUUUGCUGUCUUCUAUUGUCCUUUGGCAAGCAAAAACAACUUUGGGAGGGUUUUAAGUUACUCCCAAGUUUGAAGUUAUUGAAACUUCACUUUAUGGAUAAACUAAUCAUCACUCCAGAUUUUAAUGGACUUCCAAAUCUUGAAAGAUUUAUUCUUUAUGGAUGUAUGUGCUUAGUAGAAAUUCAUCCAUCGAUUGGAAGCUUGGAAAAGCUUGUUUACUUAUCUAUAGAAGUUUGUCCCAGUCUUGAGAUGUUUCCACCCAUUACGGGAAUAAAGAAACUCGAGACCCUUGAAUUCCCAGGGCAGCCCAAACUCGUUAAGUUUCCAAAGAUCCAACAACAGAAGAUGGAGAAUUUACCACAUCUUGAUUUGGAUAAUAGCAGGAGUGAAGUUGCAUCCUACAUAGAAUCUUAUUCAAACUAUUUUGUUAUUUGUUGGAGGUGUGGUUGCAGCAAUCUUCCUGGUGUAAAAUGUUGUGUAGAGGAUCCUUGUUUACGUCGUAACAUAUGUUUAAGGUUUUUCCACAAUUUACAAGAACUCCGAUUCUUAAGGAAGUUGGAUCUGAGCAUGUGCCAUUUGGGAGAUGAAGACAUUGGCUCUGAUGUUUUAGAGUUUCCCAACUUGCAAGAACUCAAUCUAGAAGGAAAUUACUUUUCACAAUUAAAUUUUAGUCACUUGCGAGUUCCUCGACUGAAAUGGCUCAACGUGACAAGCUGCGAAAAACUUGUAGAAUUGUCAGAGAUGCCAUCAAGUAUAGCUGUUGUUAUAGCGGAUGAUUGUAGCUCGCUUGAAAGCUUUGGAGAUAUCUCAAACUGUAAAUGGUUGUGGAAAGUCUCACUUCUGGGGGACAACAAACUUGGUGAUGGUGACAUAUUACUAGACUCCAUGCUCCAGGGGAAUGCUAUUGAAGAUCACUUUAUCAGUGUCAGACUUCAAUAUCAGAAUCCAAGGGCGUUUGUAGGUAGGUUCUUUAGGGGGAAAACAUUUACAAAGCGUCUCCCACAUGUUAAAUGGGGCAGAUAUAUGCCGCUUAUGCUAUAUGUUGCCGACACGUUUAGAUUGCGUCUUCCGGAUGAUUGGUGCAAUGAGUUUUGUGGGUUCUUAAUACGGAUUAUUACCCCGAACAGAGAUAUGUGGAUUGAUAUAAUUAUUAAGCAGGAUCCAGAUCAGGAAGAUUCUCGGUUUGAGAUUUGGCAGGAGUCUAAUGAAACACCAGAGCCUGAAUAUGAUGGAGAAGUAAAGACAUAUGUGGGAUAUGUUUCCUUUAGUUCGUUGAGGCGAACCACAUCAUUGAACUCAUCAUACAAUAUUAUUUCAUUUUCCAUACAGAGGCAUUGGACUUCAUUUUCUGCUGAGUUUGUUCCUAGAAAAAGUAAAGAUGAUCCAGUGCAAACAACAAAAGUUGCAACAGAUUGCUCAGAGUUUUGGCAUGAGGAAAAUGAUGAAUAUAAAGCAUUUAUGACCCAAGACAAUUCUAAGUCUUCUGUAUCAAUAUUAUUUCGCGAUAAAACAUCUGAAACAUCCAUACACCCAUAG